UACCCCAAUGCCAGCUAAGGAAGGGGUUAAUCCCAGGGGCAUAACAGCCAAUGAAAUCUGGCAGACAGACGUUACACAUAUAGCUGAAUUCGGUAAACUAAAAGAUGUCCAUGUUACAGUAGACACGCAUUCCAGAUACAUUAAUGCAACAGCACACACGGGAGAAAAAGCCAAAGACGUCAUCAGACACUGGCUCAGUUGUUUCGCAAUCCUAGGAAUUCCAAAAACCAUAAAAACUGACAAUGGCCCUGCUUAUUGUUCUGAAAAAAUCAAAACAUUUCUCACAGAUUGGGGGGUACUCCAUUCCAUAGGUAUACCGCAUUCACCCACAGGACAAGCCAUUGUAGAAAGAACUCACCAUACACUAAAGGAAAUGCUUCAAAGACAAAAAAGAGGGGAGUCGGUAUAUAGCCCCCAGGAACGCUUAUGGAAAGCGUCAUAUGUUCUAAAUUUCUUAAACUGUGAUGAUACAGACCAUAGCAGGUAUGAACACCAUCAUAAAACUCAAAUGCUUUCAUCUUCCAAACCACCAGUUAUGAUCAAAGAUCUAAUAUCUGGGCAAUGGUCAGGACCAGUAGAUCUCAUAACAUGGGGAAGGGGAUAUGCCUGUGUAUCCAAGGGUACCAAAUUACAAUGGGUCCCUUCUAGAUGUGUCAGGCCUUAUAUCAGCCCUCUGCCACAACAGGAACAACCACCAGAAGAAAUAAGUGAAGGAUUUGGAUUAGAAGAAACAUGACCAACAAUAGUAAACACAUCACACAGUGAAAAACAUAAUAUAAGAAAAAAAAGG